GACAGUGAGGGGGGCACUAUCUGAAUUUCAGCUUUCUUUAGCCAUCUAAAAGUAGCGCCUUUGUUUCUCCUUUAAACCAUUGCUCACUUUUAAUAACUAGUACUGUCGUUUGUCAAUUUGUACAUUCUUGCAAGACCAAAAUAUUAUGGUCUGUGCACGUGCAUUUUCCAAACCCUUAGGGAAUGCCUCGGUUACCUGGAGGGAGCUCUUUCUGCUCAGCGUGUUGGAGUUUGUACUCAGCUCUGGGUGGAAUGCAGUGAGCAGGUUGAGACCUGAACUUCCGCAAAGAAAAGGCAGGAAGCUCAAUAACUGUCAGCGAGCAGCGUACUCAGCACAACACGCCCUGCUAUGUGCGCAUGGUGCCCCAUGCAUUAUUUUAGAAUUUAAAUCUCAGCACAGGUUUGGUCAUAUAUAACUGGACAUAAAGCCAUCACUUUAAAGAUGGACGAUAUUGACGCAAUGUUCAGCGACCUGCUGGGGGAGAUGGACCUCCUCACACAGAGUUUAGGGGUGGACACGGUUCCCCCAGAGUCUAAAUCCAGCUCAAACAAAGAGAUCAGCUUCUCCAUUGGGUUCACAGAUAUGAAUGAAUCUUUGAAUGAACUGGAAGACAACGAUUUGGACGCCUUGAUGGCGGACCUGGUGGCGGAUAUCAGCGCAACAGAAGAUAGGCUGAAGUCAGCAGAGAGCAGCCACCUCAAGCCCCACCCGGACCCCAUGGGCCUGCCUCCGCCACCCCCGCCUUCACAGAAUUACAGCUUCCCUGCUCCGCCCAGCAAUGACAGCAGCAGCAGAGUCCCUGACCCCACGCCCGCAGCCAUCCCUCCAGCACCUCCCCCUCAAGCCCCAAAAGCCGCAGCCCCUCCACAGGCCUCUAAACCUUUAUUACCGGAAGAAGUAGAAGCACAAGCCAAAGCAGACAAAAUAAAGCUUGCCCUGGAAAAGCUGAAGGAGGCCAAAGUAAAGAAGCUUGUCGUAAAAGUGCACAUGAACGACGGCAGCGCCAAGACCCUGAUGGUGGACGAGAGGCAGACGGUGCGAGAUGUGCUGGACAACCUCUUCGAAAAGACACACUGUGACUGUGGGGUGGACUGGAGUCUGUAUGAAACCAACCCUGAGCUUCAGCUCGAAAGAGGCUUUGAAGACCAUGAGAAUUUAGUAGAACCUUUGUCUGCAUGGACACGAGACAGUGAAAACCAGAUUCAAUUUCUGGAGAGAAUUGAUAAAUACGCUGUCUUUAAAAACCCUCAGAACUUCUAUCUCUGGAAGAAAGACAAAAAGGCUCUCAAGGACAUGAAAGAGAAGGACAAAGAAAUGCUGCUGGAGGAGAACUUCUGUGGGUCCUCCAUCAUUGUUCCUGAUCUGGAGGGGCCUCUGUACCUGAAAGAGGAUGGAAAGAGGUCCUGGAAACAGCGUUACUUCCUGCUGCGGGCUUCUGGGAUUUAUUAUGUUCCCAAAGGAAAGAGCAAGACGUCGCGCGACUUGGCUUGCUUCGUCCAGUUCGACAACGUGAAUGUCUACUACGGCAAGGAGUACAAAUAUAAAUACAAGGCACCCACGGAUUUCUGUUUCGUUCUCAAGCACCCUCAGAUUCAGAAGGAGUCCCAGUACAUCAAAUACCUGUGUUGUGAGGAUGCCUGGACCAUGACCCUGUGGGUAACCGGGAUCCGAAUCGCCAAGUAUGGGAUGACACUGUACAACAACUACAAGGAGUCUAUAAAGAAAGCUGCAGUGUCCUCCCUGUGGUCCAACCGAACCAUCGGCAACUCCUCAAUGCCCCCCGCGGCUUCAAAAGCGACGACUUCCUCUCAGCCCAACGGACACGCUCCACAGCCCCCUGCACAGUCACCCGCCAUAGCCACCGCCUUCUCCGAGGCCUGGAAGUGUGGCGACACCAAGCUUCAUGGCAAUGCCUCCUCUCUGCCUCUCCCACCCCCACCAGAAGAAGACUUCCUACCACCUCCUCCCCCUGACCCAGGAAUGCCACUUCCGCCCCCACCCCCAGACCCCAUGCUCCCACCCCCACCUCCCGGCCCCAUGCUCCCACCCCCACCUCCCGACCUCAUGCUGCCACCCCCACCUCCACCCCUGUCUGGAAAGAAAGGCUUAAAGGCCUCGCUCAAAGCUGCCGCUAAGCACCAGGCAGCAAGCUUGCCCCCGCCGCCCAUGGAAGAUUUCCCACCCCCGGACUUUCUGCCACCUCCGCCUCCCCCCCCUGGACCAAGUGGGGGAGCUCCUCCCUCCCCUCCGCCUCCGCCUCCGCCGCCCCCACCUCCUGCCAUGUCGGCCGCUCCUACCCCCGUCCUGAAAAAAGUGGGUCCGCCUCCACCAAGGAGGACUGAGCCCGACCUAAUGUCAGAACUGAUGUUAGCCAUGCGGAAGAAGCGGGGCGAGCAGUAGUGUUUUUGACAUGUCACAAAGGGUUCACCUCGCUGUCAUAUUUAUGCCAAAACUGUGGAAUAGCAAAAGUAAUACCAACCAAAUAUUUACUUAAAUCUGCAUAAAUUUUAAAGGGCUGCUGGGAGGCUCAUCCAGUUCUAGUGCAUGGAUGUGUCCCAUGGUGUGCGAUAGCAGGGCGAUGAUAUAUUAGCAUCAGCCAGGGAUGGGAGGGAUAGCGUCUCAUUGCACACCAGCAAUCCCUGCUGGUCGAUCGGGCACCUGCAACCUGUUAACACAUUUAUCUGCACUGUUAAUGAAAUGUCUCGGACUGAUGCUGGUGUGACCCUGACUUGAAACGGCAGUUUGAUAAGGAGCGACAUGUGAGGAGAGCACACGCCUGUUCAUGUUCUCCUGAACUGAUAGCGGAGGCUGCAGCAAAGAGCGCUGAUAAACAAAAAAUGGGGAAAGACAUCAAAAAUGUACAUGCCUCCCUUUUUUUUUUUUUUUUUAAAGUACAGCAUGCAGGUUUGUGCUCCGGCUGUAUUUUUUAAUUUUUUACUUUAUUCAUUGGGAUAAAUCAGAGAGUAAGGGACACAGAAAGCAAUGACAGGUCAAACUCAAAAUACCCACAUGGGGGAUUUUCAUAUAGCUGGAGUCAGCCACUCUAUUAACUGUGCCAUACGGUUAGCCUUUUUUAAAACUCUUUUUAAUGGCACUUGUUUUUAAACAGGAAUGUAAAUGUGUCCAGCACCUUAACACAUUUGUGUCCACAAUUACUCCUGAAGGCCAGACCCUGAAAGAUUUAAAAUGUAAAUAGCACAUCUCACCUUCUCUUAACACAUAGGGAGUACGUGUACAUACUGUAUAAACCAACAAGUUUAAAGAUGGUUAAGGAAAAGCAGACUGAAAACUUCCUGUUUGACUAUGGCAUGACUUCAUCUGAUUGUCACUUAUAGCAGCUACAGAACCUCUGGUGUAUGUUGAGAAAAAUAACGGAAGCACUCCAGAUUAACUGGCUUAAUAAAAAUGUAUUUUAAGUGCUUCCUUAA